GAGAGAAAUGCAGAAGAGGGAGCAGGGCAAGUCCGGUGGAGCCGCCGGAGGUGGGUCGGCGCCUCCGGCAAAGAGAGGGCGUCCAUUUGGUAGCGGUAGCAACAGUGCCUCUGCCUCUGCCUCGGCCGCCGAUUUGGCGGCUCCGUCAACCCUUCUUGGUCCUUCCCUUCACGUUCAUAACUCCUUUGCCGAUCAAAAUAAUAAGAGAAUUGUUUUGGCUCUUCAAAGUGGGCUUAAGAGUGAGCUGAUAUGGGCGUUGAACACUCUUACGCUACUCUCUUUUAAAGAAAAGGAUGACAUGCGCAAAGAUGCAACUCCCCUUGCCAAAAUCCCUGGUUUGCUCGAUGCGCUCCUUCAAGUUAUAGAUGACUGGCGUGACAUAGCACUCCCAAAGGAAUUUGUCAAGACGUCGAGGGUCAGGACAUUAGGUGUAAAUUCAGUUGUAACUGGAUUUGGGAAUGAGUAUCAGGCACUGGGCUCAGCUGGUAGUCUCCACCGUUCUGGGAUUAAAAAGAUCCAUAAUUUAAUGUGGGAUCCCACACUUCUAUCUACUGAGCAACACCCACAGUACAACUACCUAGGAUCUGGCUCUGCUGGUAUAGAAUCAACACAGCAGAAUGGCAUGACAAAAUCUCGUUUUUCUGAGUUAUGGCAUGAUGAAGAUAGUCUAUUUAAUUUAGAUGACGAAGGGCGAGCAGAAAAACAGCAAUGUGCUGUUGGUGCUUCAAAUAUCAUCAGAAACUUCUCUUUCAUGCCAGAUAAUGAAGUAAUAAUGGCCCAACAUCGUCAUUGUUUGGAAACAGCCUUCCAGUGCAUAGAAGAUCAUCUUGUAGAGGAUGAAGAACUUGUCACAAAUGCUCUAGAGACAAUUGUUAACUUAGCUCCUCUGCUGGAUCUGCGAAUAUUUAGCUCAUCCAAGCCAUCAUUUAUUAAAAUAACAGAGAAACGUGCAGUUCAGGCUAUCAUGGGGAUGUUGGAAUCUACAGUCAAAGCCUGGCAUUGUGCUGCUGCUGAAUUACUUGGGCGUUUGAUCAUUAAUCCUGACAAUGAGCCUUUUUUGCUUCCAUUUUUUCCACAGAUACACAAGCGUUUAAUUGAUCUCAUCAGCUUGCCAGCAUUAGAUGCACAGGCAGCUGCUAUAGGUGCACUCUAUAACCUUGCUGAAGUUAAUAUGGAUUGCAGGUUGAAGAUUGCUAGUGAGAGAUGGGCUAUAGAUCGAUUGCUUAAAGUGAUAAAAACGCCGCAUCCUGUUCCAGAAGUUUGCCGGAAAGCUGCCAUGAUAUUGGAGAGUCUUGUUUCUGAGCCGCAAAACAGAACUUUGUUGCUAGCCUAUGAGAAUGCUUUUGCAGAGAUACUUUUCACUGAUGGCAGAUAUUCUGAUACAUUUGCAAGGAUAUUGUAUGAACUAACAUCUAGACCAAAUAACAAAGUAGCAUCGGCUCGUGGCAUAUGGGGUAUGUGACUCCAGAUCGCGUCAAUUGUGGAUCUGUGAUAUGGCUUCAAUUAGUGAUCAGUGAUAUACAUGGAUAGCUUUUGAAUGAAUGGUUUAUUUUAUGAUUCGAAAUGUACAUGCCUUCUGUCUACGAUUGUACAAUACCUCGAGUGUACUAAAGUUGUCAUGUACUCUAGUAGUUGUAUGAUUGGAUGACAAUUCUUUUUUGUUAACAAUUUUUCUUCUUCAGUUCUUAGAUGUAUGGUUGGAAAGUGUUGUAACAAGUAGAAACUUGAGAAGGGGAAUGCCCAAUUCGUAGAAUGAGGAAUACUCCUCUCGGGAUAAUAUCACCCCUCCCCAGCACUACAUUCUCUUCUCUUUUCUCUCUCUAUCUCCUAGUUGUCUCCGGUAUCGUAUUAUUUUAAACAUUCUUGUUU